UCCCUCGGACACUGCGGAUCACCGAUCCACGGAAAGAGCCGAAGAUGUUGGCUCGGUCAUGUGAUCAGCUGUGUCCAAUCACAGCUGAUCACAUGGGACAUGUACACUGAUCAUCAGAGCACUGAUGAUCAGUGUGCCCUUUCAAUCAAUGUAGCCCCAGUAGUGCCACCUGUCAAUGCUCAUCAGUGCCAUGUGCCAGUGCUGAUCAGUGCCACAUCAAUACCACAUAUCAGUGCCCAUCUGAGCUGCCUUUCAGUGUCAGCCGUUAGUGCCCACCUAUCAAUGCCUAUCAGUGCCACCUAUCAGUGCCACCUAUCAGUGCCCAUCAGUGCCGCCUAUCAGUGCCUGUCAGUACCGCCUAACAGUGCCAGUCAG